AUGGGUAAAAUACCAGUUAGGAAGCACGCGACGUUCGCUGAGGUGCCGGAAUUAACGGUGCCUCGUAGCAAGACGACUAUUGUCCCACAGCAUAAUCGUUUCGUUCGUCCAAGGACGGAUUCGGAGUUCAGAGAGGCCUCGCCUACUAGGAUCCCUCGUGAUGUAUACGUAGAUAGUGUGAAGCGUGCUGAGACGGAUGGUGCCCUCGCAUCGGAGGCGACUCGUCUGAGGGUAGAACUAGCACUGGAGUCCCACGAUCGAUUCUUCAGAGGCCAUGACCAGACCCUCGUUGCUGAAGUGAAGAAUCCUCGGAAGUAG